GCUGAUACAUGGCCGGCGUGCGCCAUAUUGGGUGGAAGUUGGUGCGUACGGGACUGUGACUGGAGGUGUUCCUCAUUCAAACGUUUUUCGUGGGGAGCGUGUGGCCAAACUCCAUCGCGAAGGAGCGGGAUUCCGAGCCACAAUGACGCAGAUACUACCGAUACGCUUCCAAGAGCACUUACAGCUCACCAACAUAGGGAUCAAUGCAGCCAACGUGGGUUUCAACACACUCACCAUGGAGUCGGACAAGUUCAUCUGCGUCCGAGAGAAAGUCGGGGACGCCGCGCAGGUGGUCAUUGUGGACAUGGCCAACCCGACCAACCCCAUCCGGCGGCCCAUCUCGGCCGACUCGGCCAUCAUGAACCCCGCCUCGAGAGUCAUCGCCCUCAAGGCGUCGCGCACCCUGCAGAUCUUCAACAUUGAGAUGAAGAGCAAAGUGAAGGCGCACACCAUGACGGAGGACGUGGUCUUCUGGAAGUGGAUCAACGUCAACACCAUCGCGCUGGUCACAGAGGGGGCCGUCUACCACUGGAGCAUGGAGGGGGACUCCCAACCGCAGAAGAUGUUCGACCGCCACUCCAGCCUCAGUGGCUGCCAGAUCAUAAACUACCGGACGGACGCCAAGAUCCAGUGGCUGCUCCUGAUCGGCAUCUCGGCCCAGCAGAACCGGGUGGCGGGGGCCAUGCAGCUCUACUCGAUGGAGCGUAAAGUGAGUCAGCCCAUCGAGGGCCACGCCGCCGCCUUUGCCCAGUUCAAGCAGGAGGGCAACACGGAGGCCUCGACCCUCUUCUGCUUUGCCGUGCGGACGCCGCACGGCGGCAAGCUGCACAUAAUCGAGGUGGGCCAGCCCGCGCCCGGCAACCAGGCGUAUCCGAAGAAGGCGGUGGACGUGUUCUUCCCACCCGAGGCACAGAACGACUUCCCGGUGGCCAUGCAGAUGAGCCCCAAGCACGACGUGGUGUUCCUCAUCACGAAAUACGGCUACGUGCACUUGUACGACCUGGAGACUGGCACCUGUAUCUACAUGAACCGUAUCUCGGCCGACACUAUUUUUGUUACCGCGCCCCACGAGGCCACUUCGGGCAUCAUCGGAGUCAACCGCAAGGGACAGGUCCUGUCAGUGAGUGUGGAAGAAGAGAACAUCAUCCCGUACAUCACAAACGUCCUCCAGAACCCAGACCUGGCACUGCGCAUGGCAGUGCGUAACAACCUGUCGGGUGCCGAGGACCUCUUUGUUGUGCGCUUCAACACACUGUUCAGCAGCGGCCAGUACUCGGAGGCGGCCAAGGUGGCGGCCAACGCCCCGCGCGGGGUCCUGCGCACGCCGCAGACGAUCCAGCGCUUCCAGCAGGUGCCCAACCAGCCGGGCCAGACGUCGCCGCUGCUGCAGUACUUUGGCAUCCUGCUGGACCAAGGCCAGCUGAACAAGUACGAGUCCCUGGAGCUGUGUCGGCCCGUGCUGCAGCAGGGCCGCAAGCAGCUGCUCGAGAAGUGGCUCAAGGAUGACAAGCUCGAGUGCAGCGAAGAGCUCGGUGACCUCGUGAAGCAGGUGGACCCGACGCUGGCACUGUCCGUCUACCUGCGUGCCAACGUGCCCGCCAAGGUGAUCCAGUGCUUCGCCGAGACGGGCCAGUUCCAGAAGAUUGUGCUGUACGCCAAGAAGGUGGGCUACACGCCCGACUACGUGCUGCUGCUGCGUCAGGUGAUGCGGCUCAGCCCCGACCAGGGCACUGCCUUUGCCCAGAUGCUGGUGCAGGACGAGGAGCCCCUGGCCGACAUAAACCAGAUUGUGGACGUGUUCAUGGAGUCCAACUUAGUCCAGCAGUGCACGGCAUUCCUGCUGGAUGCCCUGAAGAACAACCGACCCUCGGAAAGCCACCUCCAGACGAGACUGCUGGAGAUGAACCUGAUGACGGCGCCGCAGGUGGCCGAUGCCAUCCUGGGCAACCAGAUGUUCACCCACUACGACCGUGCCCACGUGGCACAGCUCUGCGAGAAGGCGGGCCUCCUCCAGCGGGCCCUGGAACACUACACCGACCUGUACGACAUAAAGCGGGCCAUCGUGCACACCCACCUGCUGAACGCUGAGUGGCUGGUGAACUACUUUGGCUCGUUGUCGGUGGAGGACUCCCUGGAGUGCCUGCGGGCCAUGCUAACGCACAACCUGCGGCAGAACCUGCAGAUCUGCGUGCAGGUGGCCACCAAGUACCACGAGCAGCUGACGACCACUGCGCUCAUCGACCUGUUCGAGUCGUUCAAAAGCUACGAGGGCCUCUUCUACUUCCUCGGCUCCAUCGUGAACUUCAGCCAGGACCCGGAGGUGCACUUCAAGUACAUCCAGGCCGCCUGCAAGACUGGGCAGAUCAAGGAGGUGGAACGCAUCUGCCGCGAGAGCAACUGCUACAAUGCCGAGAGAGUCAAGAACUUCCUCAAGGAGGCCAAGCUGACCGACCAGCUGCCGCUGAUCAUCGUAUGUGACCGCUUCGACUUUGUCCACGACCUCGUACUCUACCUGUACCGGAACUCCCUGCAGAAGUACAUUGAGAUCUACGUCCAAAAGGUGAACCCUUCACGUCUGCCCGUGGUGGUGGGCGGUCUGCUGGACGUGGACUGUGCCGAGGAGGUGAUCAAGAACCUCAUCCUGGUGGUGCGCGGCCAGUUUUCGACCGACGAGCUGGUGGCCGAGGUGGAGAAGCGCAACCGGCUCAAGCUGCUGCUGCCCUGGCUCGAGGGGCGGCUGCACGAGGGCUGCCAGGAGCCGGCCACCCACAAUGCGCUGGCCAAGAUCUACAUAGACUCCAACAACAACCCCGAGCGGUUCCUGCGCGAGAAUCCUUUCUACGACAGCACUGUUGUGGGCCGGUACUGCGAGAAGCGCGACCCCCAUCUGGCCUGCAUCGCCUACGAGCGGGGACAGUGUGACCGAGAGCUUGUCCAGGUGUGCAAUGAGAACUCGCUCUUCAAGAGCGAGGCUCGCUACCUGGUUCGGCGGCGAGAUCCGGACCUCUGGGCGGAGGUUCUGGCAGAGAGCAAUCCGUUCCGGCGACCCCUCAUCGACCAGGUGGUCCAGACGGCCCUCUCGGAGACACAGGACCCCGAGGACAUCUCGGUGACGGUCAAGGCAUUCAUGACGGCCGACCUGCCCAAUGAGCUGAUUGAGCUGCUCGAGAAGAUUGUGUUGGAGAACUCAGUUUUCUCGGACCACCGCAACCUGCAGAACCUGCUCAUUUUGACUGCCAUCAAGGCGGACCGCUCGCGUGUCAUGGAGUACAUCAACCGGCUGGACAACUACGAUGCCCCCGACAUCGCCAACAUUGCCAUUGGCAGUGAACUCUACGAGGAGGCCUUUGCCAUCUUCCGCAAGUUCGACGUCAACACGUCGGCCAUUCAGGUGCUGAUCGAGCACAUCCAGAACCUGGACCGGGCGUACGAGUUUGCCGAGCGGUGCAACGAGCCCGGUGUCUGGAGCCAGCUGGCCCGUGCCCAGCUUAGCCAAGGCAUGGUCAAGGAGGCCAUCGACUCGUUCAUCAAGGCGGGAGACCACACCGCCUACCUGGACGUGGUGCAGACUGCCCACAAGACGGGCUCGUGGGAGGACCUGGUGCGGUACCUGCAGAUGGCGCGCAAGAAGGGGCGGGAGUCGUACGUCGAGUCUGAGCUGAUCUACGCGUACGCCAAGACCAACCGUCUGGCCGACCUGGAGGAGUUUGUGUCGGGCCCCAACCACGCGGACGUGCAGCGCAUCGGCGACCGUUGCUUCGAAGACGGCCUGUACGAGCCGGCCAAGCUCCUGUACAACAACGUGUCCAACUUUGCCCGCCUGGCCAUCACCUUGGUGCACCUGAAGGAGUUCCAGGGUGCCGUGGACUCGGCGCGCAAGGCCAACUCGACGCGCACCUGGAAGGAGGUGUGCUUUGCAUGCGUGGACAGCGAGGAGUUUCGGCUGGCUCAGAUGUGCGGCCUGCACAUCGUGGUGCACGCCGACGAGCUCGAGGACCUCAUCAACUACUACCAGGACAGGGGUUACUUCGAGGAGCUCAUCUCUCUGCUGGAGGCCGCUCUGGGGCUAGAACGUGCCCACAUGGGCAUGUUCACCGAGCUGGCCAUACUCUACUCCAAGUACAAGCCCGGCAAGAUGCGCGAGCACCUAGAGCUCUUCUGGUCACGCGUCAACAUUCCCAAGGUGCUGCGAGCCGCAGAGCAGGCGCACCUGUGGGCCGAACUGGUGUUCCUCUACGACAAGUACGAGGAGUUCGACAAUGCUGUGGUCACCAUGAUGCAGCACCCGACGGAAGCCUGGCGGGAGGCACACUUCAAGGAAAUCAUCACCAAGGUUGCGAACAUCGAGCUCUACUAUCGGGCUGUGCAAUUUUACCUGGACCACAAACCUAUGCUGCUUAACGACCUGCUGCUGGUACUGGCACCCCGCAUGGACCACACGCGUGCCGUGGGCCACUUCAGUCGAGUGGGGCACUUGCCCCUGGUCAAGCCAUACCUGCGGUCGGUGCAGAGCCUCAACAACAAGGCUGUCAACGAGGCCCUCAACGGCCUGCUGAUCGAGGAGGAAGACUUCCAGGGUCUGCGCACCUCCAUCGACGCCUUCGACAACUUCGACAACAUUGCCCUGGCACAGCGGCUGGAGCGGCACGACCUGGUCGAGUUCAGACGCCUGGCCGCUUAUCUGUACAAGGGCAAUAACCGCUGGAAGCAGUCGGUGGAACUGUGCAAGAAGGAUCGCCUGUUCCGGGACGCGAUGGAGUAUGCGGCAGAGUCCAAGAAUGCCGAGACGGCCGAGGAGCUGCUGAGUUGGUUCCUGGACGAGAAGAACUACGAGUGCUUUGGUGCCUGUCUGUUCCAGUGCUACGACCUGCUGCACCCCGACGUCAUCCUCGAGCUUGCAUGGAAGCACAACAUCAUGGACUUUGCCAUGCCCUACUUUGUGCAGGUCAUGCGUGAAUACAUCACCAAGGUUGACAAGCUAGAAGAGAACGAGAACCAGAGGCUGGAAGAAUCUGCACAGAAUGAACAGAAGCCCCUUGUCUACGCCCCGGAACCCCAGCUAAUGUUGACAGCACCACCAGGCAUGUUGGGUGCACCCGGUUACGCACCUCCCUAUGGGGCACCCAUGCCAGGCUACCAAGGCUACAGCAUGUAGGCACACUUCCCCCCGACGACGACGAUGGGUGGUUGAACAGACUGCUACUCGACGCAUCCUGCCCCUUCGCGUUUGGCCUGACCUCUUCUGUCCCACAGAACCCUUAAUUUUUUUUUUUACUCCACCUUAACUCCAUUGUUGCAGAAGAGCCUUGGUGGGCCUUGCUCCCUGCGCUUAACUUUAUUUUUUUUUCUUUGCCAUUCAUAGCUGCGUCUUUCAGUCUCGAGAAGUGCAGUAGAGCAACAUUCCCCCCCACUGCUGUUUCACUGUUCCCCAGCCUGCUGGUUCAGGGCGCGCUGUGUGUCUGUCUUGUGCGUGAGACUUCCGUGUAACAUGUACCGGGUACAUAUGCGUGCGUGUUAGUGUCUUGUUGCAAGGGGCAUCCCUUCCUUUAUUCUGCUGCUCUGGGUGUCUAGCCGAGUGGUAUUUUUUUUUCUCCCUCUUGGCGCAGCCGAGCACUUCGCCACCUCCUUAUCCGCGGUCCGUGUCUGUGUGUGCGCUCGUCAUUGUCGCGUGCCUGAGGUGGAGCUACGUUUGCGAGUGGGGCUGGUUGUACAGUACUUUUGGGUGUGCUACCUUGUGUAUUUUAUUUCUUUAGUCCCGAGCCCACUUCGUAUUUUUUUUUUCUCUCUAAGAGUGUCGAGUGGCUGGGAGACAGGACCAGUGUUAAAUCUGCAUUAGUGCUGAUCAAAACGGGGCAGGCCAUUCGCUUCCUGCCGACGCUCGCGAGAGCGAUCGGACAGCAGUGGACUACUGGGAACGAACGGUGGACGAGGCCGAGGACUCUGCAAACAGGGGCAGCCACAGUUCCGCGUGGGGCCGGUUAUGUGACAAGCUUCUUUUCUUCUUUUGUCUAACAAAAUUGAGCGCUCUAUUUAUGUAAAUGGUGUCCCUGCACUGCGCCCUCACCCGAUGAACUGCAAGCUUACAGUGAGUGAAGAAGGUAGCGACUGUUCGCCGCAAUUGGACUGCCAGCAGAAGUGCGGGCCGAACAGCGAGAGAGAUCCUUUGACACGCGCGAGUGGGCUUUUCCCACGUGCAGGUGUGCUGCUAGAGCGGAGAGGAGUGCGAGGGGGAUCGGUGUUGCCGCGAGCGGGAAGGAAGGCGCGGUGCACACUGGGUGCCACUUUCGUUGCUGGGACACGGCGAUAAAUGAAUGUGCGCGUGCAUCAAGUUUUCGUGCCCAUUUUCUUGAGUGUCCAUUUGUCUUUUUUUCAUCUGGAAGCGAGAAAAAGAAUGCGAAGCUGUGUUGUCCCUCUCUUUGUUCUUGUUUUUCUUCUUUUUUGCCUCACCCUGGAAUGAGAGACUUGUUAUAUAUACAUUAUACAUAUUAUAUAUAUAUAGGAGAAGUUUAAAAAGAAAUGUAUGUAGUUUCUGAAGGAGAAAUAAAUUGCGUCCUCACAUGCUCCAAGA